AUGUGCGAGCAUUGCGUCCAACAGUGCACAUCGCGUCGUCAUCUCUCCAACCACCGCCGUUACUGUGCUGACAACCCCAACAAGGUCAAGUCCAAGAAAGCGCGCCUAGAAGCUGAUGCGCCUGGGGGGAUUUGCCACAAGUGCAACAGGAAAUUCAAGAAGCGAAACGCGCUCUACACUGAAGAGCUAGCGUACGUGUACCACGAAGACGGCGUGGAUGACGAGGUCGAGCACAGUGAUAUCAUUGAGGAGAAGAGCGAUGAUGAUUUCUACGUAGAUAAUGAUGAUGCGGUCGACGCUGAGAGCGACGACGAAAGUGAGGACGCAAGCGAAGAAGAAGUCGAGGAAGAGGAGGGUGGGGAGGUGGGAGAAGCAGAAAGCGCGGAGGAGAGCGAGUGGGAGAGUGAGGCGGAGAGUGCACAGGACAGUGAGUAA